AUGAGAUUAAUGACGAAAUUUCCAUCACUAUCAUUUGAUUUUGAAUCCUCUCCAUCAUCUGUCACCAUAUCUGUCACUUCAUUCACUUCGUCUGAUGCAAUGUUUGCAGAUGCUGGUGUCGACACCAUCGCCACUACACACAUCAGAUAUUGUGUCAAACACAACAAUACAAUCGCCUUGAUAAUCAUUAUGAAUACAGAUUAA